AUGUCUUCAGACCCCCUAGAUCAGUUCCUUCCUCCAUUUCCCAACCCAACAUCCGCCAGACUGGUUAGACGAGAAAGACGCAACGAGUCAGGAGCUGUCAUCUUCACAAACUACAGCAUAGAGUAUGAAUACGAUCCAAUUGAGCCCAGCCCAGCUCCCGAAGUGGUCCAACGUGACGACAUGUGUUCCUUCAUAGAGGCAGUUAGGAAGUUCAUCCGCCGUUUACGUUGCCUUGUGGGAAGCUUCCUUGUGGGAAGGCAGCAGGAUAUCACCUAUCAAGACACGUGGAAAGCGAAAGGACUGGCUCAAGAUUGUUAUUGGCAAAUGCAAGAGUUGCUCGACCAGAUUGACAUCAAACCCAUGACGGAAUGGCUCCACCACGCAGAACACACCAUGACACUGAUCUUGGCUCGUGGAGCAGUGAUAGAGCACUUUCUUGUCACUCCGGAACGAGACAGAGCUGCGAACCAACAUCUGCUGUGCACGCAAUACCGUCUUGAGGAUGCAGUGGUGCGCACAUUACGGGCUGAAUUCCGCAACUUGCUCGACAUGGAGAUAGACGACCUGUCGACGCCGCGAUUAAACAGCAUCAGGUACAAAGGCGGCUUUGUGUUUGCGGAAGACCACAGCGAGAGCGACGCGGAUGCCGAAGAGGAAGAGAAUGACGAGCAUACCAUGACCAUCGACAAUGCCAUCAACGUUGACGACAAGGGAGAUGCCAUGGGCAUCGACAACAGUGACCCGGAUCUAAUGGAAGACGUCGUCGCUACAACGCUAGAAGGCCAAGAGGCAGAGGAACAUGUGCAUCAGUCGCCCAUCCGAGAAGACGAUAUUGUCGUCUGUGCGAUAUGUAAGGAGGACUUUAGCCAUCCAGACAACCGCUGGCAGGUCGCCCUGAGCCAGCCGGUCCCGGCGCCUCUCUUCACCCACCCUUGUUGCAACCAGGCGUUCCAUGCGACGUGUCUUAUUAAUUGGCUUCAGCCAACAGCCAUUGAAGAACACAAGAACGGAUCGUGCCCCUGUUGUCGGGGGGUACUGGAUGAUGAGUUUAUGAUUAAAAUGAUGGACCACCGGACCAAGGAAUUGGGAACGCUGUAG